GUUCCUCUUCUAGAUAAACAACAGUGUUAUGGUGUCGCGAAAUUCUUCCAUCAAUCGCGUUAAAUUAGUGAAUAUUCGGUUUCAAACGGUUCCAAUGGAUGCAUAACACGCUCGAGUACAAUUAGUAAGUGUUGGUUGCUGGAAAUAUUGCCGUAAAUUGUGUGAAAUUUGUAUGCAGACUUGCUGUCGCCAGAAUGUUGUGUUUUCCCUGCUGCGGCUGUUGAACGGACACACAUGUAUGCCAGUAUGCUACUGACACGCUAACAGUGUGUGGGUGCGCAAUCGUUGACGUCACAGUUGCCCCAGCUGUCUCGCUCACUCUCACUCACUUUCGAACAUAAACGUUCUCACUCCGCUUGUGUGACGAGAGACAAACCGCAGAGCGACAAGUGUGCGUGCGUCGGAUAUACAGCCUACCACAGUUGGACGGACCUCGGGAAGAAAAUCUAGCGAGAAAAAGAGAGUGUGAAAUUUUUGUCACUACCAGACGCUACCGGAACGGGCUCAGCGUUUUUACUGUGUUCCGUGUAUAGUCGUGGCCUGAAGGAUAUGGCAAUUGUUCGGUACGUGAAAUCGGUGCACAAUAAUUAGUGAUUUUGAGUGCGUGUGUGAAGCUAUCAUUCUCCUGAUUCGACCCUAGAAUCAACCCACGAAACAUUCUACAGGAGGCCAUUUCUCGCAACCUUCAGGAGAAAACUAACACAUACCGGGUCGGAAGUCCAGCAAGCAGGCGGAAGUAGCGGUAGCAAUAGCAACAAUCCUUGCGGAAAUACCCGAAGAAUAGAGAUUUCUUCUUCAACAUGGACACUGACGAUGUGGAAUCCUCGAGCAGUAGCACGAUGUCCAGCCUGAAUAGUCUGUUCUCGUUUACGAGUCCGGCGGUGAAAAAACUGCUGGGCUGGAAGCAAGGCGACGAGGAGGAAAAAUGGGCUGAGAAGGCCGUCGAUAGUUUGGUGAAGAAGCUCAAGAAACGGAAAGGUGCAAUCGAAGAGUUGGAACGAGCUCUCUCCUGUCCGGGGCAACCCUCCCGAUGUGUUACAAUUCCGCGUUCACUCGACGGAAGGUUGCAGGUAUCCCACCGCAAGGGACUUCCUCACGUCAUCUACUGCCGUGUCUGGCGUUGGCCAGACCUCCAGAGUCACCACGAGCUGAAACCCAUCGAAACAUGUCAGUAUCCGUUCAGCGCCAAGCAGAAGGAAGUCUGCAUCAAUCCGUACCACUAUAAGCGCGUAGAGAGUCCGGUUCUGCCCCCGGUACUGGUUCCGCGGCACUCCGAGUUCGCUCCGGGCCACUCGUUGUUGCCGUUUCACCAGAUGAACGAGCCGAACAUGCCCCACAACGUUAGCUACACGAACUCGGGCUUCAACAACUCACAGAUGGGUGGCGGAGGUCCGAACUCGCCCAUAUCGUCCCACAUGGGUCCCAAUAGUCCGAUCUCCUCGGUAUCGAGUCCGGGACCGAUCAAUUCGAAUCCUCAGAGCCCGUACGGGUCACUGCCAGAGACACCUCCGCCCGCAUACAGCCCCCCGGAGGACGGGAAUAACGUUGGAACGCAGGACAACAAUCAGAUGGACACGAAUCAGAUGCAUGGUGAGGUUGCCCCGGUUAGCUAUCAGGAGCCCCCGUACUGGGCGAGUAUAGCUUACUACGAGUUGAAUUGUCGCGUCGGCGAGGUGUUCCACUGUAAUUCAACCUCGAUCAUCGUUGACGGCUUCACCAAUCCGUCCAACAAUUCGGAUCGCUUCUGUCUCGGUCAGUUGAGCAAUGUAAACCGCAACAGUACAAUCGAAAACACACGUCGCCAUAUCGGAAAGGGAGUCCAUCUUUACUACGUAGGUGGUGAGGUGUAUGCCGAGUGCUUAUCAGAUUCGGCCAUCUUCGUGCAGAGUCGCAACUGCAACCACCACCACGGAUUCCAUCCCAGCACGGUGUGUAAGAUUCCACCCGGCUGCUCGCUGAAGAUUUUCAACAAUCAGGAAUUCGCCCAGCUACUGUCCCAAUCGGUGAACCAUGGCUUCGAGGCGGUGUACGAGCUGACCAAGAUGUGCACGAUACGAAUGAGCUUCGUCAAGGGCUGGGGAGCGGAGUAUCACCGGCAGGAUGUCACCUCGACGCCCUGCUGGAUCGAAAUCCAUCUGCACGGCCCGCUCCAGUGGCUGGACAAGGUGCUGAUUCAGAUGGGAUCGCCGCACAACGCCAUCAGCUCGGUGUCGUAAAGUGAUGGAGAGUAUGCGUGCGAAUCUGUAUGGAUAUGUGUGAUUCUAGUGUGUUUUGGGAACGGUGUGUAUACGUGUUAUGGUCGAAACCAUCGGGAACGGAGGUGAUCCUAGAGAGAAUGAUCUGUGCGUCCGAUCACUCAAAAAUUUUAAAGAUGUAUGUGUGUGUGUGCGUACGAAUGCUAGUAGACAAGUUUGACUCUUUAUAUGUUUUAGCAGUUACUGUUAAGCGAAUAUAGUACGUUAGAUUAAAGGAAUUGAUUUCACGAGAAGAUUAGGUUAUUUGCAGGAAGUAGCAAAUGAUAACAUUCUCACAAAAAGGCAACGGAGUGGAAUGUAUAUCUUAGAAAUGAGUAAUAACAAGUUAAAAUUUGCGGUUAUGUCAGAACGCGUACAUUCGGAGCAGUUCUAUACACGCAAUUUUAAUUCAUUUUGAACGCAAUUAUGUUAGUUUUAUUAGUGCAAUUUUUACAUGAAACAACAAAACACACUCAAAGGAUUUUGCCAUCAUAGUUUUGGUCAUUGAUAAAAUCAAAAUUACCUAUAUUUUAGCAUAGAUGUGCUUCUUUUAAAAAGAACAAGUUGAUUCGAGUAGUUAUACUAUAUGUGUCGUUUUCUCUUAAUCUCUUUUUAAAUCCUUUAUUUUAAGUUACAGUGCUAUACCACUUUAAUUUACACUGCAACGAAGCGCAGUGCCUUAUUAUAGAAUUGAGCCGACAUACAAACUAAACACUAAUAAAUGAACUCGUUUACGUCAGUCUUCAGAAAACAUACGCAGCGCUGCACUUAAGUUUAACUUUCAUCAGCGCGCGUUCAUAACAAACACGUGAUCUCCCUUUGAGCGAAGUGUACCAAACUCCAUUGGAAUGAGAGCGGGGUCCAUCUCUUCACACAACUUCUCCUUUCAGUUAUCCUGGAAGAUCCUUGAUAGUUGUGGUAGCUUUCCCGUCAUCCUCUCGCUGAAUCAAACAACUUCAACCAACACAUGACGUCCUCCUCCACCCCAGAACGUUUCGUUAAAUCACUUUUUGAUAUUGGGAAAAAUCACAUUCCUCGGGCUAGCUGUUUGCCUGGUAAAAAAAAGAGUCCCAUGGAGGGGACCUGAAGGGCGAGCUGCAAUCAGACUGCGUUGCAAAAACUUAGAGCUCUGCAGAGAUUGAUACAAGAAGAUCGAAAAAUUCAAUUCAUUCAAAGUUAAAAGCUGAUAGAAACGCGACCAGAAGUAUAAUUCGUCAAGCUAAACAGGACAGAUGGGAGAAAAUCAUCUAUGCCAUGGGUCCUGACAGAAUAUCUUUGAGACAAAAUCUCGAAAUAUCUUUGGGACAAAUAAUGGUUUAACAAAUAAUACAUUACAAAAAGAUUUGCAGAUCAUUUCUUGCAAGCUUCAUCUUCCUCCAGUUGCUCCCAACAAUUUUUAUCCCACAAAAUAGAUUCUUAAUCCUUCCCUCCUUCCUUUGAUACUGAUCUUGACGCGGAGGAUAAUAAAGAGUUUUGUAUUUCAGCAUCCUGAAUGGGCUUUUCGCGGAGUACAUGGUUCAUCCGCCGGCCUUGAAGAUUAGAGGCGAAUGAACUGCAAAGUUUAAAGCCUCUUAAAAACAAAGAACCAACCAACCUUGAAGAUGUCGGAUAUCCUCUUCUCAAAAAUCUUCCCCUAAUCGGUAAAACCAUUCUUCUAUCGCUUUUUAACUUUGUUUGGAACCAGGGCGAAAUCCCUGUGGACAGGAAGGUAGGACUAACGAUUCCUGUUCCGAAGCCCAUUAAAAACAAAAACAUUGCCAACAGUUACCGUCCAAUCAUUCUACUGAACUGUAUAGGUGAAGUUCUUGACAAGAUGGUUAACAGAAAACUGAGUAUCCUGAAUCUCUUACCCGUUGGACUAUCCUCAGAGAUAAACAGUGAUUGGAUGGAACCUAGAACAAAUUACGACAUUCCAUACAGUGCAAUCGAACCUUCUCGUUCAGUAUGCGGUGAAGGUGGUCCCAGUGUUCGUAAUGGUUCAAUCAUGUUCUACACUAAUGGAUCGAAAAUGGGUAUCAGAACAGGUGCCGGAGUGUGUGCAGAACAAAAAUCUCUGUAGCUAUGGGAAACAGGUCAACAUUUAUUUAGGAAAAAAGCUUUUUUUUUAUCUGUAUUAUAGUGACUUUCAACUCAUUUGGCUGGUUCGUCACUUUUACUUCCAUUAGGAAAAAAGCUGAAAUAAUAGAAUGUAUAAAUGUCUGCCUCAAAAGAAAUAAAUAGACAUGCUAACAUUUGCAUAUUCUCAGACAGUCUAACGGCACUUAAAGUUCUUCAUGCUUUUAAGUGUUCUUCAAAAACUGUCUGGGAUUGCAUUUGCCUUUAACGGAAGCUAAACCAGAUAAGUUCGGUAUAACUGUGCUGGAUUCCUGGCCAUUGCGGUAUAGAGGGGAAUGAACAAGCAGAUGGACUUGCUAGAAGUGUCUCAAGCUCACCUUUCACUGGUUCAGAACCAUUCUGUGGCAUUUCCGACUGUGCUGAAGAGAGAGCUAAACAAAUGGAAAGAUCGGGAAGUGAUGGGCAAUUGGAAUGCUAUACAACUCAACCGUUCUAUAAGAUUUGUCACUCCGAGUAUUAAAAUUACUCAACAAUUUCUGAGGGUUACUGAGAGAGAUCUCAGUACAUUGACAUGGUACCUAAAGGGUGUUCCACAUUAAAUUGCGUCACGGAUAAAACGCUGUAGAAAAUUACUCAGUUGACCGAUCCUUUUCAAACUUUCAGACAAUUAGAUAUAACACAUCAGUAAGCUUCUGGCAUAUUUAUUUCAUUCAACUUCAAUACCAUAACCGUAUGCUCGCACCUUACGCUUAAAUCCAUUCAUAAGGUUCUGUACUACUAGUGGCUGCAACUUCUAUACGGAAACCCACGUUUUCUUCAUGUCUUCCUCACAUUUGAUCUCCUUGGGAUGCUCCGUAGUGCCUGCUUCAUAAGAGCCCAGUGUUUUUCGAUGGGACUUAGUUCUGGUGCAUUGGGGGAGAGUUCAUGUCUUUGAGUACUUAAUCUUAACAAUUUUUUUCUUAUAUUUUUUGGUUGUUUCUUCGAUUUUUUAUAGAUUCUGUCCAAUUUUUUUGGGUUCAUUUUUCGCCUUCUUUGCACAUCUUUGAAUUUUUUUUGAUAAUUUGCUUGGCUUGGUCUGGUCUAUAUUUUGGGCUAUUUUAAAUAUGUUUUGGGUGACUUUUAGUUUUUUCGAAUGUCUUUUAAGUGUUGGUCUUUUUUGGUAGUCAUGUAGAUAAGAAACUAUGUCCUUUGUAUAACAAAGUUUUCAAAACUGCCUCUGGAAUGUUUCUAUCUACUUUUACCUCUGCAGUGAUGGUCCAAUGUGGUUAGCUACCGUUCAAACGCUAUGCGUUGGCCUAGCCUUAAAGGUCGCGAAGAUGUCCCCCUGGUACUAAGAGCCAACUAACUACUACACUCCUUGACCAGCUUAAACCUUCCUCCCUCCCCUGGAACCAAUCCCCUCCUAAAAAUAGAUCUUUCCCUACAUAACCAAGUACGAAUUCAGCAACAUAUCCUCACAUUGAGUAGCGAGAGGUAUGAAAGCUUCCAUUACAUUAUUAUGGCGGUUUCGUUGCCAACGGCAAGGUUGGUUACGGAAUUACCAGCGAAUGCACAACUAUCUGUUCCUCCUUACCCUCAUUUUGUUCCGUCUUUAGUGCGAAAGCCUACGCUCUUUUGAAAGCCCUUAGUCCUCCCCAGUCUGGGAAAUUAGUGAUUAUCUUCAGCGAUCCAGCAAGCUGUCUACAAGAGUUGAAAUCCGUUUCCACCGAACAACGGCUUCUUUCUACUGAGGUUUUUGCAUUAGAGAGAAAUUUUUUUUUUUUGGAUUCCAGACCACUUUGAAAUUAUCGGAAGUCGUCCGACUGGCGAGUAUAGGCCGGGACUAUGAGGUUGAGGUGGUUACUGUGCCUUCUAUGGAUACUAUUCGUUGUACCAAAAAUGUCACAAGGGAAUCUUGGGACUCGGAAUGAUUCAGCACGCAUAACACAGCCUUGUGGCGAAUCAACCCGAGAAAAACUUCUGGUUGGCGUGACAACCCCGUUCAACAACAGUGCCGCAUUCUUUCCCGCCUCCGCACUGAACACACUAACCUUACCAUUAGUUUCCUUAUCAUCAGACAAGAUCCUCCCAACUGCAUUACCUGCUGUGUAGCCCUCUCCAUCCACCACAUACUAACAGAGUGCAAAGACUAUUACAACGAACGUUCUGCCAACGAUUUGAGCUUCACCCUGCAUUUAGUAUUAGCAUUACAGAUACGAUGCUCGCACCUUAAAGAGAAGGAUGUUGAUAACAAAACAUUUCAUCUAUGUUACGGCGCGUGUUCAUUCGCUAAAGCCCAUGUGUGUACAAGGAGUGAGAGUUCAAUUGAGUGCAGAAAACUUGUUGCACAUCUGCCCCGCGUUGCAUUCUGAAGUCUGGUACGUGUCGUCCUUUGCACGGUGAUAAAUUCACCAUAGACAUUUUCACGUUUGUUCUCGAUUAACGAAUCUGGUCGAAAGUUUUGCCCAGUGUAUAUCUGAUACCAUUCUUCAAGUGUAAGACACCUCAUUGAUUAUAACUCCACAGCCAUUCUAAGGCUCACCUCUUAUUUUUGCUGUUGCUCCCCGCAAAAUGCCAACCCUCACUAGUAGCGUUAACGAGCAAAGAAACGGCUGAAGCGCUUGAAACAACACUGCUCGAUCUCAUAUUAUGGACACCAUUUUGAACACCUAUAUAGUGUACGAGGAUUCGAGUUACUCAAAAAUCACACGGUACGAUUCCUAGUGACGACACAAAAUGGCGAAUUGCUCGCUAUUUGAUCGGAGGCCUUGCAGAAUGUGUUGAGCAUUGUGCUUUUGAAAACUAUUUACAGCGUUUCCCCAGGUUUAGGAAACGUAAAUCGUAUUGUGCCUGUACGAAACUAAUGUUGCCAUAGACGACGAUGAUUAAACGAAGCAUAGAUAUAUAUAUUUUUUUCAUUGCAUACUUGCUUAAGAAAAGCCUUAUACUCAAUUGACAGUUUUAAAAGUCGAACGAAACAAAAAAAAAAAAUAACAGCUAGAGUGCCUCUUAAAGUUUACACGCUUUUUUCCCCAAAUCCUCAAGUUAUAUUUUUACCUUCGUUCGACAACAAAUAUUUAGGGCGUUGCAAUGAGAGAUUAUAAAGAAGCGUCCAAUCGUGUGUGUGUGUGUGUGUUACAAAAAAACAAAAAAAAACAAAAACAUUGCCAACAGUUACCGUCCAAUCAUUCUACUGAACUGUAUAGGUGAAGUUCUUGACAAGAUGGUUAACAGAAAACUGAGUAUCCUGAAUCUCUUACCCGUUGGACUAUCCUCAGAGAUAAACAGUGAUUGGAUGGAACCUAGAACAAAUUACGACAUUCCAUACAGUGCAAUCGAACCUUCUCGUUCAGUAUGCGGUGAAGGUGGUCCCAGUGUUCGUAAUGGUUCAAUCAUGUUCUACACUAAUGGAUCGAAAAUGGGUAUCAGAACAGGUGCCGGAGUGUGUGCAGAACAAAAAUCUCUGUAGCUAUGGGAAACAGGUCAACAUUUAUUUAGGAAAAAAGCUUUUUUUUUAUCUGUAUUAUAGUGACUUUCAACUCAUUUGGCUGGUUCGUCACUUUUACUUCCAUUAGGAAAAAAGCUGAAAUAAUAGAAUGUAUAAAUGUCUGCCUCAAAAGAAAUAAAUAGACAUGCUAACAUUUGCAUAUUCUCAGACAGUCUAACGGCACUUAAAGUUCUUCAUGCUUUUAAGUGUUCUUCAAAAACUGUCUGGGAUUGCAUUUGCCUUUAACGGAAGCUAAACCAGAUAAGUUCGGUAUAACUGUGCUGGAUUCCUGGCCAUUGCGGUAUAGAGGGGAAUGAACAAGCAGAUGGACUUGCUAGAAGUGUCUCAAGCUCACCUUUCACUGGUUCAGAACCAUUCUGUGGCAUUUCCGACUGUGCUGAAGAGAGAGCUAAACAAAUGGAAAGAUCGGGAAGUGAUGGGCAAUUGGAAUGCUAUACAACUCAACCGUUCUAUAAGAUUUGUCACUCCGAGUAUUAAAAUUACUCAACAAUUUCUGAGGGUUACUGAGAGAGAUCUCAGUACAUUGACAUGGUACCUAAAGGGUGUUCCACAUUAAAUUGCGUCACGGAUAAAACGCUGUAGAAAAUUACUCAGUUGACCGAUCCUUUUCAAACUUUCAGACAAUUAGAUAUAACACAUCAGUAAGCUUCUGGCAUAUUUAUUUCAUUCAACUUCAAUACCAUAACCGUAUGCUCGCACCUUACGCUUAAAUCCAUUCAUAAGGUUCUGUACUACUAGUGGCUGCAACUUCUAUACGGAAACCCACGUUUUCUUCAUGUCUUCCUCACAUUUGAUCUCCUUGGGAUGCUCCGUAGUGCCUGCUUCAUAAGAGCCCAGUGUUUUUCGAUGGGACUUAGUUCUGGUGCAUUGGGGGAGAGUUCAUGUCUUUGAGUACUUAAUCUUAACAAUUUUUUUCUUAUAUUUUUUGGUUGUUUCUUCGAUUUUUUAUAGAUUCUGUCCAAUUUUUUUGGGUUCAUUUUUCGCCUUCUUUGCACAUCUUUGAAUUUUUUUUGAUAAUUUGCUUGGCUUGGUCUGGUCUAUAUUUUGGGCUAUUUUAAAUAUGUUUUGGGUGACUUUUAGUUUUUUCGAAUGUCUUUUAAGUGUUGGUCUUUUUUGGUAGUCAUGUAGAUAAGAAACUAUGUCCUUUGUAUAACAAAGUUUUCAAAACUGCCUCUGGAAUGUUUCUAUCUACUUUUACCUCUGCAGUGAUGGUCCAAUGUGGUUAGCUACCGUUCAAACGCUAUGCGUUGGCCUAGCCUUAAAGGUCGCGAAGAUGUCCCCCUGGUACUAAGAGCCAACUAACUACUACACUCCUUGACCAGCUUAAACCUUCCUCCCUCCCCUGGAACCAAUCCCCUCCUAAAAAUAGAUCUUUCCCUACAUAACCAAGUACGAAUUCAGCAACAUAUCCUCACAUUGAGUAGCGAGAGGUAUGAAAGCUUCCAUUACAUUAUUAUGGCGGUUUCGUUGCCAACGGCAAGGUUGGUUACGGAAUUACCAGCGAAUGCACAACUAUCUGUUCCUCCUUACCCUCAUUUUGUUCCGUCUUUAGUGCGAAAGCCUACGCUCUUUUGAAAGCCCUUAGUCCUCCCCAGUCUGGGAAAUUAGUGAUUAUCUUCAGCGAUCCAGCAAGCUGUCUACAAGAGUUGAAAUCCGUUUCCACCGAACAACGGCUUCUUUCUACUGAGGUUUUUGCAUUAGAGAGAAAUUUUUUUUUUUUUGGAUUCCAGACCACUUUGAAAUUAUCGGAAGUCGUCCGACUGGCGAGUAUAGGCCGGGACUAUGAGGUUGAGGUGGUUACUGUGCCUUCUAUGGAUACUAUUCGUUGUACCAAAAAUGUCACAAGGGAAUCUUGGGACUCGGAAUGAUUCAGCACGCAUAACACAGCCUUGUGGCGAAUCAACCCGAGAAAAACUUCUGGUUGGCGUGACAACCCCGUUCAACAACAGUGCCGCAUUCUUUCCCGCCUCCGCACUGAACACACUAACCUUACCAUUAGUUUCCUUAUCAUCAGACAAGAUCCUCCCAACUGCAUUACCUGCUGUGUAGCCCUCUCCAUCCACCACAUACUAACAGAGUGCAAAGACUAUUACAACGAACGUUCUGCCAACGAUUUGAGCUUCACCCUGCAUUUAGUAUUAGCAUUACAGAUACGAUGCUCGCACCUUAAAGAGAAGGAUGUUGAUAACAAAACAUUUCAUCUAUGUUACGGCGCGUGUUCAUUCGCUAAAGCCCAUGUGUGUACAAGGAGUGAGAGUUCAAUUGAGUGCAGAAAACUUGUUGCACAUCUGCCCCGCGUUGCAUUCUGAAGUCUGGUACGUGUCGUCCUUUGCACGGUGAUAAAUUCACCAUAGACAUUUUCACGUUUGUUCUCGAUUAACGAAUCUGGUCGAAAGUUUUGCCCAGUGUAUAUCUGAUACCAUUCUUCAAGUGUAAGACACCUCAUUGAUUAUAACUCCACAGCCAUUCUAAGGCUCACCUCUUAUUUUUGCUGUUGCUCCCCGCAAAAUGCCAACCCUCACUAGUAGCGUUAACGAGCAAAGAAACGGCUGAAGCGCUUGAAACAACACUGCUCGAUCUCAUAUUAUGGACACCAUUUUGAACACCUAUAUAGUGUACGAGGAUUCGAGUUACUCAAAAAUCACACGGUACGAUUCCUAGUGACGACACAAAAUGGCGAAUUGCUCGCUAUUUGAUCGGAGGCCUUGCAGAAUGUGUUGAGCAUUGUGCUUUUGAAAACUAUUUACAGCGUUUCCCCAGGUUUAGGAAACGUAAAUCGUAUUGUGCCUGUACGAAACUAAUGUUGCCAUAGACGACGAUGAUUAAACGAAGCAUAGAUAUAUAUAUUUUUUUCAUUGCAUACUUGCUUAAGAAAAGCCUUAUACUCAAUUGACAGUUUUAAAAGUCGAACGAAACAAAAAAAAAAAUAACAGCUAGAGUGCCUCUUAAAGUUUACACGCUUUUUUCCCCAAAUCCUCAAGUUAUAUUUUUACCUUCGUUCGACAACAAAUAUUUAGGGCGUUGCAAUGAGAGAUUAUAAAGAAGCGUCCAAUCGUGUGUGUGUGUGUGUGUGUGUAUGUGCGUGAAUGUUCAAUGAAAAACACGCGAAGUUGAUAACAAAGAAAAAAAGGAAAAAAAACUAUUUUGCUCAUUUAGUGAAUAACGAACAAAACAAACAACAAAUUUUGAUCGAUGGGGCAGCGAUGGGGGAGGGCCAUAGUUUCAAACAAAAACUAUUUUUAAACGCGACAAACAAAGAUAAAACUUCAACAUUACCGAUAUUUUCGAGUUAGAGAGAAAUGCUACAAAUUCAAUAUAUCAUGAGAAAAAAACGAGGAAGAAUAUUACACUAAAAAUACUGAUCAAGACGAUUGCAAUAAUUGAAUAUGAACAAAACGCGAAUACUUAUCAGUAACAAAUAAAAAAAAACCAUCAUCAUUCGGGGAGAUAGUAAGUGGGGUGAGAGUUCACAAGCGCGUACAGAUAACAUUGAAAACGUAAUAAAAAAACACACAGUCGUAUUGUUACAAUCCAAAAUUCUCAGAUAGUAGAUAUAUGUAAAAAUAUAAAGAAAAAUCGUAGAAAGUGUUUCGAUAAUGGAUAUAGAAUUAAACUAAACAAGAUGAAAAAGAAGAAAAAAAACAUGAAAGAGACAUUUUACUUAAGGUUACAGUAAACAAUGACAGAAAAUUCUAGUGAAAGCCUAACUAUUUAAGCGAAUCAUGCGAAUAAGCAAAAAAAUACUUAAUAUAAAGUAAAACAAUUUUUAGUUAGACACAGACGUGGAAAGAAGCUGAUCAUUAUCUUCAGAAAAUGUCAGUGGAUUGCAGUUCGUAUGAGAAUAAAGUCGUCAAAAACCGGAGCACGAAGCAAUGAGGAGCAAAUAAUUUAAACAAACAAGAAACAAAUCUAUAUGUGCACAGUAGAUGGAUGACGAGUGAAAUAGUACAUAUUUCGUGGCAUAUUUUUUUUUAGUUGUAAAACGGAUUAGUAAACGAAGAGCAUUAGAGACAUGGAUACAAACAAAAAGAAUCAAGAGACAACAAAAAAGUAAUCGAGAAUGGAACGGGGGAUACAAAUUGACACUAAAUGACACAUAAAUCCAUCUUGAUCUCAUGACAUCCCAGGAUUGCUUGGAUACUUUUUUGUUGUUGAAACCAAUCAAAUCACAAUGCCGUUGGGGCACUUCCAACAUCAUACACAUUCAAUUGAAGACCGAUGAGGAAGUGUAAGACUAUUUUUCUUUUUAUUCAAUUCGCAAAGUAAAAACUUCUUUCUCGUAGCCAAGCGGAUUAGCAAAAUAUGCCGAAUGUGUGUACACGGUUCUUUUUCUUUAAUCAUUAAUUAUGCCAAGUAAUGAAAAAAGAGCAGCUUGGUGAGAAAUAUGAGUGGAAAAAUUAAGACAUCCAUGCCGGAGAAAAGCUAAGCGAUGAAGCAAAAUGAGAACAUGCUGCUACCGGAGCAGAGAAUCCAGAAACACAAUAUCAUUUAAAAGUAAUUGAAGCUGUAAGUGGAAUAAGUAAUGAAUGAAUCAA